UAUUUUGUGUCGGAAAUAUAAUAAAAAACUUAUUCUUGUCUUUCCAGACGGAAAAAGUUGUUCGGGAUAAGGCAACCCACUAUACGAAGUUCCAAACAUCCCCAAUAAGAAGAAAAUUCCACAAACAUUCCCGGUUUUUAUUUUGACAACAUCGACUUGACGCGACGAACUGGAAGGAAUGAGUCUGGUUUUGUUUUCAGUUAAUCGGUUUUGAGGAUGAUUGAGUAUUGAGAGAGAAAAAGAAAGAUUUUUUUAGAAUUGAAUUAAGGGAAGCUAUUGACUUGGUUGGUAAGAGAAGGAUGGUUUUGGUGUUAGCAAUAGGGGACCUUCAUAUUCCUCACAGGGCACCUGAUCUGCCUCCAAAGUUCAAGUCCAUGCUUGUUCCUGGCAAGAUUCAGCACAUCAUUUGCACUGGCAAUCUCUGUAUCAAAGAAGUUCAUGAUUACUUCAAGAGUCUUUGUCCUGAUUUGCAUGUUACUCGAGGUGAAUAUGAUGAAGAUUCCCGUUAUCCAGAGAACAAAACACUGACAAUUGGUCAGUUCAAGCUUGGGAUUUGCCAUGGUCACCAGGUCAUUCCGUGGGGGGAUUUGGAUUCACUAGCAAUGCUACAAAGGCAAUUGGAUGUCGAUAUCCUUGUGACAGGACACACCCAUCAGUUCAAAGCAUACAAGCACGAGGGUGGUGUUGUCAUAAAUCCUGGCUCUGCCACUGGUGCAUAUAGUAGCUUCACAUACGAUGUGAACCCAAGCUUUGUGCUCAUGGACAUAGAUGGCUUGCGUGUAGUGGUAUAUGUGUAUGAACUCAUCGAUGGUGAGGUUAAGGUUGACAAAAUUGAUUUCAAGAAGACUGCCACCACUAGCUCAGCACAUUAACCAAUUCCCUUAGAUAUUUGCUUUUACCGUUGGACUUUGCCCUGCUCUAUUUGAACCAAUUGUGAAUUCAUCAGUGACAAACGCUUAAAGAAUAUAGUUAUUUUUUU